AUAGUUCGUUAAUAUUUAGAGAUACAGCGAUGGGAUCAGAUUAUUUUCUUUUACAUAUUUUUGCACAUUGUUUAAUGUUAGCAAUAUAUGGACAGGAGAUACCUAAAAUGAAUUUAGACAAACCGAUAUUACGCUACGGAUUUCAAAGGACGAAGGAAUGUCAAGAUUUUCAAAGAGCAUACCUCUGUGUAAGGAAAUGUAAAGACUUGAAAUACGAUGUUGCACAUACGGAUAAAAACUGCGCAUGCACUUGUUACCAACGGAAGGAUAAAGCCAAGUAUACACCUGUCGCUUUGGGGAACAGCACCAAAUGGCGGCUUGGGGCACCGACGACUUCAAAGCCGGCUUGGGCACAACCAAAGCAUAAAUCAUCGGAACAGGGCUUCAUAGACAUGAGCCACGAAAUGGGUGGUAUGUCUGGGGAACAAAGUGAUACUAGUAAUGGGACGUUGGUUGAGUUGGAUAAACCUACGGAAGCUAGUGUGGGGGAUGAUUCAAGAAAUAAGGGAACAGCUGGCGAAGGUGUUGCGGAUCCAGAAGCUGCUGGAAACAGCACUGGUGCUGUAUCAGCCGAUGGUACUGCUGCCGAUGUUCCUACAACUGUCGCCGCUUAGGCGUAGGAGACUUUCUUUAACAAAAUAAUGUUUGAUUGUAUUGAAAAUAAAUUAUGGAAGUAUGCUUU